AUGCAACCUAUCAAAUAUCCUGAACUUGAAUCUUCUUCCGGUCCAAUUGCACACGACCUGACACGACCAGUACCUGAGCCACCGAAAAAAUUAUCGCAGAAAAGUAGCUUAUCUCUUAGUUCUAGUAAAAGUAAUUCCGAUAGGGAGUUUUUACCUACACUAGAACAACCAAAAUACCAUCUUAUUACUACAGAAGAUUUUAACGACUUGGUAAGAGACUUAAAUUUGUCAAAAAAUAAAGCAGAGCUUUUAGGCUCUCGCUUAAAACCGUGGAAUUUGUUUGAUGAUGUUAUUAUCAUGGAUCAGCGGACUAGGCAUGAAACAUUCUUAACGUUUUUCACAAAAGAAGAUGGACUUUGUUUUUGCAAUGAUAUAAAAGGGAUGUUCGAAGAAUUUGGCAUACCCUAG